CUUUAAUAAGAAGUUUUAGAGCGUCAUCUAAUGUUUUCAAAUUGAAAAGCAUUCACCGACUUUGGGGAUUUGGGACAGUAUUACUUUUCAAGAUAACAAAUAUAAAUGACGAUGAAUUCAGCAAGUAAGGUUGGGGAGAUAUUUACUGCAGCUGGAGCCGCUUUUAAUAAGUUGGCAGAGCUUACAUUACAACUUCAUCCCACUGCUGAUUCUCCAUCAGGGGGAAAGUGGACUGAAGAAGAUAUAGAUAUGCUUCAAUCUGCAAUACUUAAGUUUAAUGAAGACCUGAAUCUGGUCAGCGACCACAUCAAAAGAAAGACUGUUUCGCAGAUUCGAACCACAUUGAAGAAAAAGGCUUUUGAAGAUGCUGGAAUUCCUGUGAGACAAAUUGUUUCAUCACAAUCACAAGGAAUGUUAGGAAAAUCUUCUGAAGUUACAUUGAAUAUGUUGAACGCUCCAGAAUCUGAAGUUGAUGUUGAAGGAAUGCAUGAAGAUGUUAAAUUAGAAUUUGGUAGCUCACAUGAAGAAGUAACUUCAUAGGGGCAUUUCAUAAGUUGUCUUAGGUUCAGAACCAAGAACAAACAAAUGUAAUUGUGUAAAUAUUAUAAUGAUUAGUUUUAUUACUGGAAUGUGUUGAUAGAUUUUCAGCGUUAAUUUAUGUUACUAAGCAUAAGUUUAUUUUAAAAUUGCAAAAUUUAGCUUCCAUGCGAUCCAUUGAAAAAUUUUAAAUCUGUAAACCGAUUUAAAUUCAAUUUGUAUUUUUUAAAGCUAAAAAGGUAUAAUUUAUCAUUGACCAAAGUAAAUGAAAUAAUGUAAACAUAAAUGUAUAAAAGAUUAUUUUAUGUUUCUGCUGAAUUACAUACAAGAACGUAUUAAUGUUCACAUAAUGUUGUUGGCAUUUCAACUGAAAAGAUAUGUAUUGAAUUAUAUUGUGAACCUGAUAAGUAGUGAUAUUUUUAUUAUGUUAACUAUCUGAUGCUCACCAAUUAAUCAUUACAAUAUAAAUAUUUCUCCUACAGUGAUGGAGUAGUUCCAGAUUAUUAAUUUGCUUUAAAGAACUUUUGAAUAUUUAUCAUUAAUAGACUUGUGCAUUGAUAACUGGAAAAAAAACAAAAAAAAAACAGAACACCAAAAAAUGUAAAUAUAUAUAAAAAAAAAAUUAGAUUCUAAUUAUUUAGUGUGAAUGAACUUUAAUUAUAGGAUCAAAGUAAAUUUUGUCAUUAAAUUAUUUUAAAUCUUAAAAUAACUUUACUUGUAAAUAUAUCUAAUGUUUGUUAUUAAUCCCCAGUGUUUUAUAUUCUGGCAUGGUUUUAAUUUAUUCUAGUUGGAACUCUUUAUUUAUCAUAUGGUCAAAAGUGAAAUAAAUCAAACCUCACUGAUUUGACAAAAUACUGCUGAAACAAACACAAAUAUUUUAUUUAUAACAUAAUAGUGCUUUAAUUUUAUAUAGUUAUGAUUCUUUGUUAUUCAACAAAACUUUAGUUUUUGUGAGUUAUAUCUAAUUAUUUCUAAUAUAAGAAAAAACAUCGCAAAGUAUUGUAAUUUCUUUUAUUUUCUCUAUGACACACUUCUUAAUGAUGAACUGGAAAUGCUGAAGUGGUUAUUUUAGCAUUAUUGAAUAAAAAUGUCAUAAUUGUUUGAGCCUGGUAAAGAUACCAAGGGGAGGGACUUUGAGGAGGCACACAAAGUAAUAGACCACCUUACAAAUAAUAUGUGACCAGGAUCAGAGGGUAUUCACGGAGAACUCUUGUAGCAUGGAGGAAAGUUUCUGUAUGAUCUUGUGACAUAUAUAAGGGCAAUUGAACAAAUGUCAGAUGAUUGGUACUUGAUGUCAGAUGUUCCAUACAUUUAAAAGAUGACAUACUGGAGUGUAAGAAUUACCAAGGAAAAUCUCCAUUCUAACAACUAUAAAGCAUACAGAAGUUUGCUAUAGCAGAGAGGAUUCAUGAGAGAUCAAGGAACUAUGUGUCACUUUUCAAUAAGACUUAUCCUAUAGAAAGCAAGAGAAUACAAUAUUACCAUGACCACCUCUUUAUUGAUUUUAAGAAGACAUAUGAUACAAUUAUUAGAAAAAAGAUUUACUACUGAAAUAGGGAACUCCCUUCAAGUUAGUUCAUUUAACAAAAUUGACCGUGAAGGUGGAGUAUACUGUCGGAAUAUGGAGGCCUUAGAAAGUGACAGCAUUGCCUAUUUCUUGAAGUAUGCAGUUUUAGAAGCACUGGGAUACAGAUUGAGGGAAUGUCUAUGAAAGUGGCAUUUCACAACCUAUAAAGAAUAGAUAUGACUAAAUGACAAUAAAAAGGAACAAUUGCCCCGCAAGGCUCUGUGGAAGCAGCAUUACCUAUAUCAUCCAAUGCUUCUACAAGCCUUGUGAAGAACCAAUGUUGAGUUUGGCUCACACUGAGUGUCUUUGAUCAGAUGAUUGGCGAAUUCUUUACAAUGGUUAUGUUUUCACAUAUGAGAUUUCUUCUGAGUUGAUAGCUUGGCAGCAAUUCCUGCUGUUGGCUAACCCAGGUGGUGAUGUCUUUGCCAUAUACAUUAUACAACUGGCUGGAUAUACAUAGGUUUCUCAGUAAUCGAGGGUAGCCCAGCCCAUCUGUAAGACGACUCAUGUCAGCAAUCCAACGAUGGCAUGGAGAAAAAUUGUAAAAUAUAGUAGGGUCCUAAUGGUUGCCGGUACCCCCUUAUCUUUCCAGUAUCUUCUUUGGCUCCUCCAAGCGUUAAGUCUAGGUAUAGAAAAUUCUUACUUUUAUACAAAUUUUUAGAUAGUAAACUAAUGUAAAAAUUAUAAUCAAACCAACAUAAUGUAAGUUAAUAAUUUAUAGCAACUAUAGAUAAAAAAAUCUCGUGUGGUGUGUGCAUCACACAACUUCCAUUUACCACCUCUUCUUAGUAGAAAUAACUAUUUUCAGACAGUGGAGAAGUGAAAGUAAAAAUUUUAGACGCUAUAAUUAUUUAUAUUUCAUUUUGGGUAUUUUUAUUUGUAUAAGUACCCUUAUAUAUACAAAUUUUAAUAUUUAUAUCGGUGUAAUCUAUACAAUCAAAUAUUAAAUAAUACCAACAAUAAAAUUUAUGAAAACCGCUUAUACAUAUUUAUAUAAUAUUGUUGGAGUCCAUAUUGUAUUAAGCUCAUGUUAUGUAUGGAAGCCUGUUAUAAUCUUUCGGGUGAGAUCAAUCACAACUAUUCUCUGUUAAAAUUUUUUAUUUCUCCUUUAGUUAAUUAUCAAGUUAUUUCAUAUUUAACUAUCUUUUAUAUUAGAGAUUAAUGUGAAAUAGUCAAUUUUUUCAAAUAAAACAAAUUAAAGGUACUUUAGAGGAAGCUAAU